GUCCGAUGGUAAGAAAGUUCAUAAUCUAAUUCAGGCUACUAUAUUUUCAAAGAUUGUAACAUUGUGCUUGUCAAGUUUACCUGCCAAAAUAUUAAUGACCUGAGCUGUAGUACUUAUCAGAAUGGCCGAAGGAAAAAAAUGCUGCAUAUAUCUUCCCAAUGAUAGGAAACUGGAGCUUUCUGUACAAUCCAAACAUCUUGCAAGAGAUUUGCUAGAAAUCGUUGCUGCUCAUUUUAAGUUAAGAGAGAAGGAAUAUUUUGGAAUUGCUUACAAAAGUGACAGUGGUCAUUACUCUUGGUUACAAGCUGACAAAUUAUUAUUUGACCAUGACGUUGUCAAGAAAUCUUCAAGUAGAAUCGAUUUGUUAUUUGCUGUCAAAUUUUUUGUUGAAAACGUCAAGUUACUUAAAAGUGCUACAACUGCCGAGCUUUACUUUCUUUACUUAAAAUCAUUAGUGUACAAGGGCCAUCUAGAAGUUGACAACAAUACGGAAUUUCGGUUGGCAGCUUUUGUAUUACAGACAUACUACGGUGAUUAUAAAGAUGCUGACACUGCUAUUCGACAGUUGAGAAAAUCUUCAGUUUUAUCGAACAAAGUGCUGAGAGAUUUUACCUGCAUGGAGUGUGAAAAUGCUGUUUUGAAAAUCUACAAAGACCUGAAAGAUUACAGCAUAGGAAAAGCCAUAACCAGUUAUUUGACGACGAUUGAAACUGUGCCAACAUAUGGGGUUCACUACUUCAAAGUUAAGGAUAAAGGAGGAACAACCUGGUUACUUGGUCUCAGUUACAAAGGAAUUCAUCAAUAUGAUGUUCAUGAUAAAGUAAAUCCUGUGAAGAGUUUCAGUUGGCAACAGUUGGAGAAUUUGUAUUUUCGGGAGAGAAAGUUUUCAAUUGAAGUAAAUGAUAAACAUCAAAGAACUGAAGGUCUAUUUUCCAAAGAACAAUUUGGUGAUGCGAGAAGGAAAGUUUCUUCUGAAGUUAAAGUUCAUGCUUGGUAUGGUUCACCAGCACUUAUCAAGUCAAUUUGGGUUAUGGCUAUUGAUCAACAUCACUUUUACUUGCAAUGCAAGCAAAGCAAGGUGAAACGCCAUGCUUCAAACAGCAUUGUGAAUCUCAGCAAUGAUAUAACGGCAAAUCGUGAGAGCCUUAUAAAUGUAGUUAAAGAUUCUUCAGAACUAACAAGAAAACAGAUUCGAAAUUUAGAUGUGAUGGUAAAAAAAGGUUCAAAAGAUGAAGCCCCAGAAAUGAGAGCUGCGAAAUGUCAAAUGUUGGUUGCUUUAAAAAAACAUAAAACUGAUUUAGAAGAUCGAUUGUAUGACAAAGUUCAGGAACUUAAACAAGUCUGCCUCAAAGAAGCUGAUCUAACAGGCAGAUUACCACAAGAAUACAUACAUUACAUGGAUCCAGAUGAAAAGCAGCCUAAGAUAAAUAAAAGGAUUGGAGCCGAGUUUAAAGUGAAACUAACAAACAAGGAGAAAGGUUUCCGAUCAUCAGUCAGCACUGCCAUUUCAUCUUCACCAAGUUUAAACUCAGAAAAUAGCGAUGAUAUGAAUAAUUUGGCUCAACUUGAAACUGAAUUUGAACUUUUGACGCAAAUUGCAAACGCUGCCAAGAAACUUGCUUCCGACCCAAACACCAAAGGUCGAACACGAACAAAACGUUUGGGUUCUUAUAAAAAGACGCUUGAAAAAUUACAGGUUGUUGAGAAUAAAAUAAAUGUGGUGCGGAAUCGGUGUGGGCAGAAACCUUCUGUUCGAGCUUCAACGUUAGAAACAGAUCAAUGUGAUGACAUUCUGUUUGAAGAUGGUGGAAUUAGUUUAAGGGAAGAAACAGAAUCAGAACGAAGUUCUUUAUCAGAUGCUCUUCUUCUGGAUGAUGAUACUUCAUUAAGCAGUGGAGGAGACGCGUUAUCCACGCACAGUACUCCAGUUUUCCUCAACCUCACCCAUCCUCCUCAUCCUUCAUCAGCGAUGAGCGGAAUAAAAGAAUCAUCCGCUGAAGUUGAUAAUGAUAAUGGUGUUACCAUACACAGAUCUCUGACACCACCACCUUCAUUUGAAAGAACAUCUAGUGUAGGAAGCUCUAAGAAUGAAAUGAAAAACGGUCGAAUUUCCAACCAAUCCAUAUCAUCAUCACACUGUUCACUGUUAAACAGUAAACAACAAAAUGUUCCAAUUCGAAAUUGGAUUCGAUUGAAGUGGGAACACCCAAGAACAAAAGUGAAUCGAGGGUGGCACGAAUCAUCUUUAGAUAGUAUUGAUGCUGAUUCAAAUACUGGUAGGAACAGUGAGGAACAUCUGGAUCAAGAUAUUCAUGAUGAGAAACCUCGAAUAGGAUCAUCUGAUGCUGAUGUAACACCACUUGGUUAUCAAAUAGAUUUACGACCGAACAAGUUGCUGUGUUUGGAUUACAACCAACCAUCCAACCUAAACAGUAACGAUAACAAUCACAAGACCAGAGAUUUAGGUUUAGUUUACGACAUGUCAAAACUAAAACGUGAAAUUAGUGACAGCGCUCUGUCAGAAUUAUCUGUUCAAAGCAAUCCUGUGACAUCAUCACAUCAAUUCACUGUUCGCCCCCAGCAUGAUGUACGACCAAAAGAUUAUCACAGAAGUGAAAGUCUUGUUGGCAAAGAAACACGAAUACCUGGUUUUGAUCAUAUUCGAAAAAGAAGUUCCAGUUUUACAGAGUCUCCAACUCACACUGCAUAUCGUACCAAUAGUAAAGCUAUUGGAAAAAAUAAAGCUAGGUUAGAGAAACGAACUGCCCACAUGCAAAAGAAUUUAAAUCAGGAUUCGAACUUUGAGAGACAUCAUUCAAGAGUAAGCUCAGAUGCUUCGUCUACAAAUAUAAGUGAACAUAAUCUGGAUAACCAAAGUAACAAUUCUCAGGAUCUACAACCAGCAAUGUUUGACACAAAUCUUAAUAUAAGGAUGCAGUAUUUAACAAGAAGUUCAAGCCAACUGUCGUUCACGCUUCCAUCAAGUAAACCAACCACAGCAGUCGCUCAAUCUUCACAACCAACCACCUUUGAAGAACAACCUUUGUACGUGCAACAGCCAAGAAUAAGCCAGUUGCCUAAAUAUUCAAGUGCCCAACCACACUACGCAGUGAGCUCAAAUUCUCGUAACAUAACGCAAACGAUUCCAAACAUGCACCGUGAUGCGUUAAACAAUCAAGUUUACCGAGAUAUUGGAAUGGGUUGGGUUCCUUCAUUACACGAAUAUGGAAGCAGAGAAAGUGUCGUUGAAAGUGCCAGUGCUCAAUAUAAAAAAGAGGACAUUCAACGUAUGCUUAAAGAUCACAUCGCAACUAAGAGAAUAUUGUAUGGUUCAAGCCAAAAAAUCAAGAAUCCUGACACUACUCAAAUAAAGCAUGAAAAGAACUGGCCAGAUUAUCAAACACAUCUCCAAACAUCCAGUUCUUCAACUAUACCUUCCACUCCAAGAAUGAACUUCUAUCAUCUGCCAACACAUACUUCAUACCCAGUGAUCCACCAUCAACAUCCGCUGCCACAAAAUAACACCCUCCAAAAUAUUCACCCACACCAGCAAGGAAUGAUAACUGAUAAUAAGAUGAAACAACGGCUUGUUCUUCAACAUUAUAUUCAUCAUAACCCGCAUAAUAAAGCAAUCAAGCAUGUUCGAACUGACCCACUAGUUGCAUAUGCUCAAUAUUCUGAACAGAACUAUUUUACCGAUCCACCAGUGACAUCUAGUAAUCAACAAGACCCAUUACCCCACCACAUGACACAUCAUAAUGUGAAGAAUGUCAGUAAAGAAGCAAAUCAAUAUUCAAUGUUUACAAUAUCAGAUAAAAGGAAAAACCUAGAAUCAUGGAGAAGACCAUUAGAUGUCAAACCGUCGCCACAUAUCGUCAAACUAGGACAGACUUACAACGUGACAAACCUAACAAAUCAACAACACCAACCAGAUUUAAUGUUAAGUAGACCCAAACCACUUAACGAACAGUAUAAACAUAGUAAAAAGAAAAACAAAUCUCUGUCUGCAUCAGCGGAAGAUUUACUUUGGUCUGAAAGCAGUGAAGGACAAGAAGGAACUCUUGUAUAGCUUCCUGAUGAUUCUACAUUUUUUCAACCAAUAUAUUUUAUUCUUUUUUUGCGUUACAGAUAAUUAAGUUCUUAAUGAAAAAUUCACUUUUUCCUCUUUACAUACAGCUUGUGUAUAGACUUCCAUGAGCUUCCAGUGUAGUGCAAUAUAUAAAUUGCAUAAUUUGUUUUAUGAAAAAGCUAAUCAAUUAUUUUCAUUCAUAUGUAAUAAGUUGCUUUAUAAUUUAAUCACUUUAAUAAACUUAUAUAACCUUUAUUUAAAA